AUGCGACCGGUCGAUAGCAUCAAACUGGGCGGCUUGGUUUUCCGGAGCUUGAAGCCGCUCCCUGUAAGAACAAGUCUAUGUUCAAGAGCCUUUUCUCUAUCUCCAACUGCGCGCGUUUCCUCUACUAUCCCCACGAUCAACAGCUUGCGCCUUUACUCUACAAAGAACAGCCCUAAAAUUCAAGAGAAUACAGUCAAAUCCAGUCCAGCGCCGGCCAAACCAAAGGCUAAUGAGGCUUCCAAGACGCCCACAAUCGGGGAACUCAAGAUUUUAAAAGACCUUUUCAAGUACAUAUGGCCGAACGGCGACAACAAAGUCAAAGCGCGUGUUUUAAUCGCUCUUUCUCUUCUCGUUGGUUCAAAGGUACUCAACGUCCAAGUUCCGUUUUUCUUUAAGCAGAUCGUUGAUUCAAUGAACAUAGAGUGGGCGGAUCCAACAGCUGUUUUGCCAAUCGCGGUGACAGCCAUGAUUUUAUCCUAUGGUGCAGCAAGGUUUGGCUCAGUUCUGUUUGGCGAAUUGCGGAAUGCUAUUUUUGCAUCAGUCGCUCAAAGCGCCAUAACUAGAGUUUCAUUACAGACUUUCCAGCAUUUAAUGAAACUGGAUCUUGGAUGGCACUUAAGCCGACAAACCGGUGGCUUGACCAGAGCUAUGGACAGGGGCACAAAAGGCAUUUCUUAUGUCCUCAGCGCCAUGGUCUUUCAUAUUAUACCCAUCACAGUCGAAAUCGGAGCAGUCUGCGGUAUUCUUACGUACCAAUUCGGCGCCUCAUUCGCUGCUAUGACGUUUACCACGAUGCUUCUAUAUUCGAUCUUCACUUUCAAGACAACUGCAUGGAGAACAGAGUUUAGAAAGUCGGCCAACAAGGCUGACAAUAAAGCAGCCACGGUGGCGGUAGAUUCACUGAUUAACUUCGAGGCGGUAAAGUACUUCAACAACGAACAAUUCCUGGCGAACAAGUACCAUAACUCUUUAGCUCAGUACCGGGACUCCCAGAUUAAAGUGGCACAAUCUCUGGCGUUUUUGAACGCAGGACAGAACUUCAUUUUUACGUCUGCACUAACCGCUAUGAUGUACAUGGGUUGCACAGGCGUUAUAAGUGGCACGCUCUCAGUGGGUGAUUUAGUUUUAAUCAACCAGCUAGUGUUCCAAUUGUCCGUUCCAUUGAACUUCUUAGGGAGCGUUUACCGAGAGCUGAAGCAGUCGCUAAUAGAUAUGGAGUCUCUAUUCCAACUUCAACGAAACAAAGUUAAGAUACAGAAUAAGGAGAAGCCUCUCAUGCUUUCAAGCCAGAGACCUUCUAAGAUUGUAUUUGAGAACGUCUCGUUUGGGUAUGAUCCCGAUAGAAUGAUUCUCAAGAAUUCAAGCUUCACAAUGCCUGCUGGCUGGAAAACAGCUAUUGUUGGGCCAUCGGGUAGUGGGAAAUCUACGAUUUUGAAGCUUGUAUUCCGCUUUUAUGAUCCACAAGAAGGCCGUAUUUUGGUAGAUGGCAAGGAUGUGAGAGAACUUGACAUCGAAUCUCUUAGACGUGCAAUCGGCGUUGUUCCUCAAGAUACGCCAUUAUUCAACGACUCAAUAUGGGAAAACGUCAGAUUUGGUAAAAUAUCAGCUUCUGACGAAGAGAUUCGUUUAGCAGUGGAAAAGGCACAAUUAGAAUCAUUGGUAGACCAACUUCCCAAGGGACGCGAUACUAUAGUUGGUGAAAGAGGACUAAUGAUCAGUGGCGGAGAGAAGCAGCGCCUUGCUAUCGCACGAGUGCUACUCAAGGAUGCGCCGAUAAUGUUUUUCGAUGAGGCUACUAGCGCACUAGAUACGCAUACGGAACAGGCUCUGUUGCGUACAAUCAAGGACAACUUUCCAACUGGAUCUAAAACCAGCGUCUACAUCGCGCAUCGCCUCAGAACUAUAGCAGAUGCGGACAAGAUCAUCGUGAUACAACAAGGCCAAGUUAAAGAGGAGGGUAAGCAUGCAGAGCUUUUAGCCAAGCCAGGCUCACUUUACGCUGAGCUGUGGAACGUGCAGGAAAACCUGGACGUGCUUAAUGAAGAACUGCAGCGCGAAGAGACACAAGAAAAAGGAGAUAAAUGA